AUGCGCUACUCUUUCUUCGUUCUGGCUACAGCCGGCGUCCUCGCCUCAGCUCAAUCCCCCAUUGCUCUCGGCGAGAACUGCACUCCAGGCGGCACUCCAUGUGCCAACGGCGCCAGUUGCUAUGCUACCAACUCCAUGCUCCAGCCCCGAUGCGGAAACUUCCAGUCUUCUUGCACAAGCGAUGAGCAAUGUGCAUUCAACACAUGCAAUGGAGGCUUCUGCAAUGGCCCCAAGCCUUCUUCUUCUUCAGCGCCACCUUCUUCUUCAGCACCAGCCCCUUCCUCAACCCCACCCACCGUCACAAGCAGCUCGACUGCGCCCGGAUGGAGUCCUGCCCCUUCACCCACGAUUGUUGCGCCCGCUGGCUCUCUUCCUCUGGGCGCUGAGUGCAACCCCUAUGUCACGCCUAGCCAGUGUAUCGCGGGUGUACAGUGCUGGGCCAGCAACGCCGGUUUGAUCGCGAGAUGCGGUAACUUCAACGCCGCAUGCAAGACCGAUGCGCAGUGCGCUUACAACACCUGCAACAACGGCCUUUGCAACGGUCUUCGUGCAUCUUCUUCUGGUCUGCCUGUGGCUGCUUCCAGCCCAAUCCCGGGAACCUUGAGCGUCAAGCCUACCCCUUCUUCCGGCUCGGGCGGAAACGGUACCGUGCACCCCUCUCACACUCCCACACCCACCUCUUCUGGCACCCCAGAGUUCACUGGCGCCGCAUCAGCUGAGAAAGUAGCGGGCGGCAUUUUCGCAAUUGUGUUUGGCGCAAUCGCUUUGGGCAUGUAA